GUGUGGCAGGGAAGUUACGAGAAGAUAGACGAUACUCACAUUCGCAUUUACGACGACGACAUCGCGGUGGGCACCGGCGGUAUAGUAGACUUCAGCUUCCAGGUGCACUUCUCAGGCACUGAGCGUCCGGAGAUCAUCGGAGCUACCAUGAAUGAUGUCGACGUGUGCGACGGAGGACCUCGCUGGACGACACUCUUUCCCUUCACAAACCCGUGUGGAGAAACUGGCAUGAAGCCUUACGAUUACAGCCAGGCACUGUGCAUGUCCUUCCUCUUCUACGAGGCCCAGAGGUCAGGUCACCUGCCUGACACACAGAGGGUCACCUGGAGGUGGGACUCAGCUCUUGAUGACGGCUCUGAUGUGGGUCACGACCUAACUGGAGGAUAUUAUGAUGCUGGAGAUCACGUCAAGUUCGGCUUCCCCAUGUCCUACACGGCCACUGUGCUCGCCUGGGGACUUAUCGACUUCGCUGACGGAUACGAGGCAGCAGGUCAGACUGCUUACGGUAAGGAGGCGGUCAAGUGGGCCACAGACUACUUCCUGAAAGCCUACACCUCCCACUGGGAGUUCUACGGACAGGUGGGCGAAGGAGGCAUUGACCACGGUUACUGGGGGCGCCCUGAAGACAUGUACAUGUCACGACCAUCGGCCAAGAUUGACGAACAAGCCCCAGGGUCAGAACUGGCUGGCGAGACUGCUGCUGCCUUUGCUGCCGCCUCCAUACUCUUUGAAAAGGAGGAUCCCAGUUAUGCCUCCACGAUGCUGGAGACAGCCAAGGAGUUGUACGACUUUGCUGACCAGAAGCGAGAGAACUACCACAACUCCAUCACUGACGCUGCUGCCUUCUACAGGUCGUGGAGCGGCUAUGGGGACGAACUGGCCUGGGCUGCCCUGUGGCUCAACAGGGCAACUGGAGACGCGGCCUACCUGACGAAGGCACAGGAACACUGGGACGAGUUCAACCUGGGAGAGGACGCUGUCCAGUUCGCUUGGGAUGACAAGAAGGCUGGAGUCUACGCGCUGGGCUCACUAGUGGAUCCUGACAACACUCAGUACGAGACAGCCCUCAAGGCCUUCCUGCAUUUGAAGACCGAGGCUCAGUACACUCCUAAAGGGCUCGUCUUCGACACCUGGGGUUCCAACCGCCAUGCAGCCAAUGUUGCUUUCAUCUCCCUCUGGGCUGCCAAAUACGGAGACCAGGCUGACGCCCAGGCAAUCGAGUGGGCCAGGGGACAGAUGAACUACAUCCUGGGUGACGUAGGUCACUCCUUCGUUGUCGGCUUCGGCGUAGACCCGCCACAGCGACCUCACCAUCGCUCCAGCUCGUCUAUUCCUCCGGAUUCGUGUACCGACGGCUGGGCUCAGAGUCAGCCUGGACCGGACCCUCACGCUUACGGCGCCUUGGUCGGUGGACCAGCUCAGGACGACCCCUACACAGACGACAGGAUGGACUACACUCACAAUGAAGUCGCUUGCGACUACAACGCUGCCUACUCAGGAGCACUGGCUGCCCUCAUUGAGAUUAACUAAUCGAGUCAUACACAGCAGAAGUACAAUAGACCGGCUUUCU